AUCAUCCUCACCCUCACCAUCCACUCCCUCUCCUCCUCCUCCGUAGACGUCGACAACAGUGUCCCUGCCGAGAGAUUUCUUCGUCACCCUUCUCCACUCUGAAGCUAGGUCCUCCAUUCGUUCAAUUUCCAGCGCGAGACUCAUCAGAAAGAAAUGGCUAGCCUGAUGGAUCAUUUGUUCACCAUCCCCGAGACCAUGGAGAGGUUCAUAUUCCCCACCACUCCGAAUCACUCCGACAACCACAGAGGCGGUGGGGCCGCGGCGGAAGCAUCUGCUCACAUUCACGCCGACGUUCUCGACUGUCCUAAGGAGUACGUCUUCUACCUCGACGUCCCCGGCCUCUCCAAGUCAGAUAUCCAGGUGACGGUGGAAGACGAGAACACGCUGGUGAUCAAGAGCACCGCGAAGAGGAAGCGGGAGGAGGUGGACGGAGGCGUCGGCGAAGGAGAAGGCUGCAAGUACAUCCGCCUGGAAUGGCGGAGCCCUCAGAAGCUGAUGCGGCGGUUCCGCCUCCCGGAGAACGCCAAUGUCUCAGCCAUCUCCGCAAAGUGCGAGAACGGAGUGCUGAGGGUUGUCGUCAAGAAGCAUCCUCCGCCGCCCAAGCCCAAGUCCUUCCAAGUCGCCAUCUCCUGAAAUGAAUCACCAAUUUCACGUUGCUGCACUAGAGGAAUAGUAGUAACAAGUAGCUCUGUUUGCUCCUCUGUUUUUCCGCUCCAAUGUUGAACAUCUUUAAAUUACGGUGUACAAUCAACACUGGAUAUGUAUAAAAAGUGUUCGAAAUCAAUCAAUCAAUCAGUCAUCGUUUUCUGCUGCUUUUUU